AUGAGUAGUCGUGGUUUAUCUAAGAAGGAGAUAGAAGAAUUAAGGAAGAAAGAAGAAGAGGAAGCCGCGGCGCAUGUAUUCAAGGAAUUUGUUGAAACAUUCCAAGAAGUGCCGAGCACCACAUCCAAGGUCUGGGUCAAGGCUGGGACUUAUGAUGCUGGUGCAAGAAAGGAAGAUACAUCAGAGCGUGGUAAGCUGUACAAGCCCACGUCUCGCCUGGAGGAGAAGCGUAGUGCCAGCGAGGCAGAUGUUGUCAGAAGCCUGGCUCGGUCUGAACCGCCGGGACGACCCAAGAAGAAGAGCGGGGACAAGAAGAAGAGUAAUCUGGAGCUGUUCAAGGAGGAGCUCAGGCAGAUUCAAGAGGAGCGUUCGGAACGUCACAAGUAUAAGAACGUGCUGCGGGACCGAGGAGUGGUGGGUCCAGAACCAGUGAUGGAUGUGAUCCCCGACGUGGGGUCCUACGAUACUGGCGACCCUAACACUACCAACCUGUAUUUGGGGAACUUGAACCCGAAGAUAACGGAGCAGCAGUUGAUGGAGAUCUUCGGUCGUUACGGUCCGCUGGCCAGCAUCAAGAUCAUGUGGCCUCGCUCGGACGAAGAGAAGGCGCGCGGCAGGAACUGUGGCUUUGUGGCGUUUAUGAGUAGGAAAGACGGAGAGAGGGCGCUGCGGUGCAUCAAUGGCAAGGAGAUAAUGAACUAUGAGAUGAAGCUGGGUUGGGGCAAGGCGGUGGUGAUUCCUCCGGUGCCUAUCUACAUCCCGCCCUCCCUGCAGCAGCCCUGCAAGCCUCCCCCGCCCUCCGGACUGCCCUUCAACGCACAGCCGCCCAGGCAUCUCGCUAACAAGAUCCCGCGGAUCCGUCCCGGUGAAUACUACCCGAGCGACGCCGGGGACAAACAACUGUACGAUCAGAUAUUAUCCCAGUCCAUAGUGAAAGUCGUUAUUCCCACUGAAAGGAACAUCCUGAUGCUGAUCCACCGCAUGGUAGAGUUCGUGAUCCGCGAGGGUCCGAUGUUCGAGGCCAUCAUCAUGAACAAGGAGAUGAACAACCCCUACUUCCGGUUCCUGUUCGAGAACCAGUCGCCAGCACACGUGUACUACCGGUGGAAACUGUUCUCCAUGUUGCAGGGAGACUCGCCUAAGACAUGGAACCUAGAGGACUUUAGAAUGUUCAAAGGUGGUUCCGUGUGGCGUCCGCCCGUCAUGAACCUGUACACGGCCGGCAUGCCCGACGACCUGGUGGACGAGGAGGACGCCAAGGAGAACAUACGGGGCACGCUCUCCAACAAUCAGCGCGACCGCCUCGAGGAGCUGAUCCGUAACUUAUGUCCGUCGCGGCGCAGCGUGGGCGAGGCCAUGGCGUGGUGUCUGGAGCACGCGGAGGCGGCGGGUGAGGUGGCGGGCUGUCUGGCCGAGGCGCUGGCUCAGCCGAAGACAGAGCCCGCGCGUAGAGUGGCCCGACUAUAUCUACUCUCGGAUAUACUACACAACGCUGGGGCCAAGUUGACCAACGCCAGCGCAUACCGCGGAGCGUGA